ACUUCAACUCUUUGUGUGGUGUGCCGAUAGUAUCUAUUACAGUAUGAGCAGACGAUUCUCCACAGAGAAGGGUAUGGAUGUCCCUAACAUCGAGGUGGACAGUGAGAAUGUGGAGUACACAGAGGAGCACAUUACGGCUAAGUACCUGUACACUAAAAACCAGGUCAAAGUCGAGGAAAACACUGUCAAGGUCACCCCUGGCUUCCACAAAUACACGUUCCAGACGGAGCGUAAGGUUGGUAAGACCGGAGUUAUGCUUAUCGGUCUCGGUGGUAACAAUGGUUCCACUAUAACUGCAGCUAUCCUAGCCAACAAACACAAUGUCUGUUGGAACGGACGUACUGGAAAGCUCGAGCCCAACUACUUCGGAUCACUCACACAGGCGUCUACCAUCCGUCUCGGUAGCACAAACGACGGAGAAGAGAUACAUGUGCCAUUCAACUCGCUUCUACCCAUGGCCCAUCCCAAUGAUUUCGUGGUCGGUGGAUGGGAUAUCAACGGCGCUAAUCUUGCUGAUGCGACCGACCGUGCUGCUGUACUGGACUAUGACUUGCGUCAGAAGUUGCGCCCUGAGUUAGAGAAGAUCACACCUAUGCCCUCCAUUUACUACCCCGACUUCAUCGCCGCCAACCAGGCUGAUCGUGCUGAUAAUGUGCUUUCAACAGGCUCUAAACAGAAGGAUUUGGAGAAGAUUAGAUCCGACAUCAAGGAGUUCAAGUCGAAGCACGAUUUGGACACUGUUGUUGUGUUGUGGACAGCCAACACUGAGCGUUUCACAGAUGUGGAGCCUGGACUGAACAUGACCGCUGACGAGAUCCUAAACUCUGUAAAGGAGAACAAGGACGAGGUAUCUCCCAGUAAUAUCUUUGCAAUUGCCUCCAUCCUGGAAGGUUGCCCGUACAUUAAUGGAUCUCCCCAGAACACUCUGGUUCCUGGAGUUAUUGAGCUAUCCGAGAAGCACAAUGUGUUCAUCGGUGGCGAUGAUUUCAAGUCAGGUCAAACCAAGAUGAAGUCUGUGCUGAUGGACUUCCUGGUGUCUGCUGGUAUCAAGGUCGAGGCUAUUGCUUCCUACAAUCACUUGGGUAACAAUGACGGUAAGAACCUCGACGCCCCAGCGCAGUUCCGAUCUAAAGAGAUCUCCAAGUCGAAUGUGGUGGACGAUAUGGUGGCCAUGAACAGCAUCUUGUACAAGGAAGGAGAACACCCUGAUCACGUGGUUGUUAUCAAGUAUAUCCCCACUGUAGGUGACUCCAAGCGCGCUCUAGACGAGUACACUUCGCGUAUCUUCAUGAACGGUAUGAACACUAUCGUCAUGCACAACACGUGUGAGGAUUCUCUUCUGGCCACUCCACUGAUCAUUGAUCUAGUAUGUAUGACUGAGCUUAUGACCAGAAUCAAGUACAAGACUUCAGACUCACCAGACUGGCAGAGUUUCAAGCCUGUGCUGAGUGUUCUGUCGUACAUGCUCAAGGCACCUCUAGUACCCAAGGGUACUCCAGUAGUCAAUGCACUCAUGAAACAGCAACGUUGUGCCACAAAUAUUCUUAUGGCGUGUAUUGGUCUCAACCCCGAUCACGAUAUGUUGCUUGAGCACAAGACUAACCUUCCUGGUACCGUCAGCCGAGAGGAGCUGUAAACAAUUUAAUGAAUCGACGAACUUGGAACGUUUCUGGUGAUAAUCGAGUUGAACUUGUGUAUAUAGAGAAAUCAAUCUAGUCAAUAAAAUUGUAUAGCAUCUUUCGGGCAGACGGGCCCUUGCUUUGAGUGAU